AUGGCGGCGAACGCGGGUCAGAAGCCGGCGACGGUGCCGUGCGCAUACAAGACGGGACGCACGCUCGGACAAGGAACCUACGCAGUCGUGAAAGAGGCCGUGCAUAUCGAGACCGGAAAGUAUUAUGCAUGCAAGGUAAUUAGCAAGAGCCUGAUGCGGGGUCGUGAGCACAUGGUGCGCAAUGAGAUUGCGUCGCUGAAGCGCGUCUCGGUCGACCACAAAGGCAUUGUGUCGCUGGUGGACUACUUUGAGACGAUGAACAACCUGUACCUCGUGACUGACCUGUGCCAGGGCGGCGAGCUCUUUGACCGCAUCUGCGAGCGGGGCAGCUACUACGAGAAGGAUGCUGCGCAAAUUAUCCGCACGGUCCUCGAGGCGGUGGCCUAUCUGCACGACCAAGGCAUCGUGCACCGCGACCUGAAGCCAGAGAACCUCCUCUUCCGCGACCGCUCGGAGCACUCGGACCUCCUCAUUGCCGACUUUGGUCUCUCGCGCAUGGUCGACGACGAAAAGAUGACCGCGCUCAGCACGACGUGUGGUACGCCUGGGUACAUGGCGCCCGAGAUCUUUAAAAAGACGGGCCACGGCAAGCCGGUAGACAUGUGGGCGAUGGGCGUCAUUACCUACUUCCUCCUCUGCGGCUACACGCCCUUCGACCGCGACUCGGGCAUGGAGGAGAUGCAGGCAAUCGUGCACGCCGACUACAAAUUCGAGCCGGUCAUUUACUGGCAAGGCGUCUCGGAGGACGCGCGCGACUUUAUCCGGCGCCUCCUCACGAUUAGCCAGGACGACCGCAUGACCGCACACCAGGCGCUCGAGCACCCGUGGAUCAAGAGCGUGGACGUGCCCGAGGAAGCCGGCCAAAAGGACCUGCUGCCGGACAUCAAGUCGGCCUUCAACGCGAAGCGGACGUUCCGCAAGGCGGUCAACGGCAUCCGCAUCAUCAACCGCCUGCGCUCCGAAACGCAGGAACAUCAGCUCGCUCGCCAGCAGAUGGAGCAGAUCCACAAGCAGGCCCAGGAGGAGUCGGACCACCUCGACCAGGUCUGGGCCCCAUAG